GAGCAGAUGGCGAUGUUCGACAACGAGUUUUUCAACCUUUCCGCAGACGAGGUGAAGUUUCUGGAUCCGGUCCAGCGGAACUGUCUGGAAGUGGGUUACGACUGCCUUUUUCGAGCCGGCUGGACCAAAGAGUCGUUGCGGGGCGCAGAGAUGUGCACCUCCUACGGCUAUGCGUCCUCGGAGUACUCGAACAUGGCCUUACGAGGUCAGUUUGGCUAUGACCAGAAUGUGGUGUACCAAAAUGCGCCCGCAGCUUGUGCCUCACGCAUGCAUUUCGUCUUCGGCAUGCGAG